UGGCCGCUCGAUUUUCCACUGUAGCAAUUUUUUUAUUGGUCAAUUUUGUAUUGUUUGCUCACGUGAUCAGUCAGCUUACACGAUGCAGGCGAAAUUGUACCACAAUGUUUAAUCAGUGCAUCAAUACUGCUAAACAACAAUCCAGAUACAACUUUAAAAUUUGUUAUCAGGCAAAAACAGCAUGCGUAAAAGCUUGCUCCAAUAAUGGACAAAUUCAGCAAGUUUUUAACUUCUGCGAUGGAGAAUGUUGAACUCAAUUAAAUGGAAGAUGGUGACGAAUAGGAUUUGAGAUGGAUAAAUCUUUGGGUUGGUUGUUUACCUACUAAAAACUAUUUUUAAUACGAAAUGUUGUGUAAAUAAGAUAUUAACCCUUAUUUUUUUUCUUGGCUUUCCUACUACUUUAUUCGGAAAAACUUUGGCCAGAGAAACUUUUAAAAAUGGCCAUUCGCGAAAGUUGAUUCAGUACAAACUUUCUAAAUUGUCGAUUCGCGAAAGUUUAUCCACUAAAAUUUAAAAAAAAUUUGUUGGUUUUAAAAGUUAUUUCUUGACUCGCCCUCACUUGGCUCGCCCUUCUGAUAAAAAAGAGAGACAACUGGCGCUGGGAACGAAUUACUGGCGAAGAAGACGAUGACGACGAUCCGUGGGAGCCGGAAGAAGACGAGCCUAUAAAUGUGUUUGAUCUGUUUUGUGAUUUUAACGAUGAAUCCAAUUUGUAAAUAGAAGUUUUUACAUACCAUUAGAAAGAAAAUUACAUCGUUAAAAAACAAUUUUCUAUCAUAAGAAAUAUAGGCCACAUUUUUUAUAAGAACAUAAAAAAUCACGAAUCGCAAAAGGUUAUCUCGCUAGAACUUUCCAAUUUCAGAUUUCGCGAAAGUUUAUCUCGCAAAAAUUUUUUUAUUUGUAUAUUCGCGAAAAUUUAUCAAAAAAAUUUUGCUAGUUUUUGGAUUCGCGAAAGUUUCUCUCGCGAAAUUUUCUCUCGCGAAAGUUUCUCCGAAUAAAGUAUCACGCGAAUGAUUUUAUCCUGAUGUUAAAUAUAGUCUAGUACAAUAACUGAACUCUCAAAAUAUGGUAACAUUAUCAUGGAUAAUAAAAAUCACAUGGGCAGGUGGCUCAAAUUAAGGGCAUUCCAUUUUUUACAUGACAGUGACUGCUCGAGAUUGAGAGAUGCUUCACGAGUCCAGUGCUCUGACAGGCGAUAAGCUAAGACUCAUCGUUCGAAUAAGUCAUAAAUAGAACUUCGUUGCUCUAUACUAUUUCAUGCACAUCAAUUUUCUUCUUUUGUUUCUCCUUUAAAUAUAUAUCUGCGUAACAAGCCACUUUAGUGUUUACUGAAUUAAGGUCGAUCGUACAGUUUUUUAAAUAAAUAUAUUCCCGCCAAUUGUUCAUGUGUAUUUUACAGAAUAUUUUUUUUUUUUGCAACUGGUGUGCUUAUUAAAAUGUUUGAGAAACGUUUUUUCUUAAAAAGUAUAAACAGAAUGAUUAUUACUUAAAACACAGGUGAUAACAAAGAAAAGUAUGAAAAAAGAAAACCGUGACAGAGAAUAUGAACGAUACUGAAUACAUAUGCGACAUAUUCGGUGUGAGAAUAAUUCCAACCAAGGCGUAUUUUAUCCCUCUGGCAAUUAUUUUGUCCGCACAAUGUAUCUCUGCAAUAUUUUUCAACUCUUUAUUUCUACUCGCCAUGUUGAAACAAGUUUGCAAGACAAGCGUUUCUGAGCACCUCUUCAUGAUGUUGGCUUUUACGGAUAUGUUAGCAGCUCUUGCUGUGAUGCCUGGAUGGGUUGUGCAGAUUGUUGAAAUCCUAUUUGCAAAGCUUUAUUGCGUUCUCCCUACUUAUCUUCUCACUGCUGGUUACAGCCUCGUUCUCAUGUCGGUAACAAUAAUUGUCCUAAUCACAAUCGAUAUCUAUCUAUCUAUUCUUCACCCGUUUUUGUAUCAAAAGUUUGCGACAAAAAGCAGAUACACGUUUGUGGCAAUACUUAUGUGGUCCCUGUGUAUGGCUUCAAGUUUGACUUCAAGCAUUGUUUCAUCACGUUGCUGGCAGAGAUAUGAAGUCAUCGGGGCUCUUCUUACCAUCCCUGUUGUCAUAUCCAUGUUUUUGAUACAUUUUCGAGUAUACAAAGAAGUUGAAAAGAUCCAAAAGAAAGGAAGUGUGAAUGAGUUGAAGAAACGAAAAAAGAUAGGUGUUCAUAAGCGAUCUUUGGGAAUGGCUGUGGGAAUAUUAAUCACUUUUGCGAUUUGUUUUAUUCCGUUGGCUGUUUAUUCCAUCUAUGUUUUGAUUAAGGGGAAAACAGCAGAGUUGGUGACCUAUGGAAUGUCAACGGUAUACACCAUAACACUGCUGAAUUGUGUGUUGGAUCCGUUCGUAUACUAUUUCAGAUUAACAAAAGUGCGAAGGAGGGUGAGCUCUAUAUUGUCAUCAAGACAAUCCAAUCACUCAACGGCUGCAUGAAACAAUUUUUCCAAAUCACAGGUUAUUUAAUCGAAAUUUAAGUUGAAGGGCAGAUAAAUAUAGUACUGAAUUACAAAAAACAUUGCAUAAAUGUUUCACAGAAAAAACGAUGAAAAUACACACAGCUGCGAAUUGUUUCAUUAGUAACCAGUCCUUUUUAAAUAUUUUUAAUUUUCAUUACUUAAUAUUUAAAGCAAUAUUGUGAAAGUAGUUUUGCAAACAAAAUGUUUGCUAACUUAUAUCCAGUGUUUGUUGAUCAACUUUCGUUGAAGUUCUUAUCAAUAUUGACGUUGCUUUUCGUUUUGGUUAUCUUAAUGGUAUAAUUUUGACACGCACGUAUGAUUUUUUGACUAAACUAAAUCGACGAAAUAGUUUUCAUAAUACCCUUCCAAAUGCAAUUAUUUUUCAACCCGCGAAAAUAAGGACCCGCAACAAUUGGUGCUACAUGUUUCUUAUAGGCCCGUGAAACUCUAAAAUGAGGCUUAAGGAUGUCUAUGAAAACAACUUUUUCAGGCUCAAAAUAUGCUUAGGGUUAUGCUUAAUGGCAAAAAGAUUUAUUGGAAUAUGCUUA